AUGGUUGCUGGAAGGAAUGAUGAUGCGCUUGUGGCGGCAUUGACACUGUUGGUUGGUGCCAUUCCGCAAAUGAAUGUUGGUGAUCGAGAGCGUGAUGCUGAUGAGUUCCGUGCUUCGGGGAAGUUCCAAAGGAAUAAUCCGCCAACUUGUGAAGGAGCUCAUGAACUUGACAAAGCUCAAGAGUGGUUUAAGGCGAUUGAGAAAAUCUAUCUAGUUAUGAACUGUUCAGAUGCGCAGAAGGUGCAGUUUGGCACACAUAUGCUCGACAAAGAAGCUGAGGAUUGGUGGCGUAACACUGUUCAAGGAUUUGAUGAGGAUGGCAUUGAAGCGACUUGGGCAUUUUUCCGUCUUGCUUUUCUAGAGAAGUAUUUUCCAGAAGAUGUUCGUGGAAAGAAGGAAAUUGAAUUCUUGAGUUGA